AUGUUCAAGGCUGGUUGUUUGUAUAGUGUGCAUGCGUUGUUCUCAGAGAUUUGGAAGUGGAAAGACAGACAGUCGAUGCCUGAGGCCCAGUGGGGGGAAUCGCCGCUCCGCCCUUCUGCCGGCAAGACCAGCUUCUUCUUCACGUUGCUCGUCCUUUCCCUCUUCUUUUCUAUCAACCAGCCCCCCUCUUCCUCAUAUUUUCCUUUUGACAUACCCGUCUUACUAGCUCUACGUCAAACCUCGAGGGAUAACGACCUGCACCCGUUUUCCCUUAUUUGA